UGAGCGAGCGUGCAUCGAAGAGACCCCGUAUUGAUACAACAGCUACCAUUUGUCAAAAACUAAUAUCUAAAUUUGAAACGAUCCCAACCCGUGCAGAUCAACUCGAACCUUUAAUAAAUUCACAACUUCUUUGCAAGCUGCCAGCGUCCAGGAACGAGGAGGAAAAGGACUCCGAACUUGUGGGAUUGAUCUAUACAAAUGAAGACGAUCGUUAUGGUGAUUUGGCUUACCAUAUUUCUGUAGCGUUAAGUAAACAGUUUAAUGACAAUGUCUCGGACAUUGAAAGUGAGGAUGAUGUGCACCACAUCAUAGAUUGUCUGAUCAAAGAUACACUCCGUCUGUUUAAUCGUAAUGCUGUGCCUGGGAGUCUAGAUCUUAUGAUUCGUCGUAACACUGUAGAUAGGGGGUGGACGACCACGACAGUAGGUACUUGUCGGCCAGAUUUCCUUGUUCACCAUAAAAACGUUCUUGUACUCAAGGGCGAGGAGAAGGCUACUCAGAAUAUGUUUCAGGAAGCUUUGGGUGACCUCACGAAUAAGUUCGAUAAGCUCGAUCCUCUUUUUUUUGGCGAUCAACAAUUUCUUAUCUGCUAUGCUGUGGCUGGAUGGAAAAUCGGCUUCUAUGCUAUUGACGGUACACCAGAGGCCGCAUCGAAACCUAGUCGUUUAGUCACUCUGUCACCUCAAUUCGACCUCCGAAAGGUCACAGAUCGGAUCACUGUUAUUUCUGUGGUCAUCAAUAUAUUGCGAAUUUUGGUGACAAUAGGACCUUCUCUUCCUAAUGAUGUUAUUCCCCUCUAUUUACCAAUUCAACAAGAUUCGGGUUCAAUAAUUACAUUCAAUGACGACUCAGUCGUAAAGGAGCUUAGUUUCAAAUACCUUCCAUAUGUUGAUGGCAGUUUGAAUGAGCGUAUUGCAUUUCUAACAGAAAUGUAUGAUCAUGCAAAGGGAUGUUGA